AUGGAGGAUCUUAAGGUUUGGCUAUGUUUGGUACUUGUGGAUUCCUUGGUAAGCACAAAAUCACUAGGUAGGAGUCUUGAUAUAUCUUUCUUUCACGACAUUCUCAAUUGGCCUAGUGGGAAGUUGGGAGAACCCCUGGUUGGACACAAGGAGUUACCUGUUGCCUUCGUUAUAUUCAAGUCUCGGUGGGGUGCUGCACUAGCUGCCCAAUCUCAGCAGCACCCGCAUCCACUUCUAUGGAUCACUUCUAGGGAUGUAUCCUGGAGAAAUUUGGUGAUUUCCUAUAGAAUAUUGUGGCUUUACAAAAUCGGGGUUGUUCUUGCAGCAUCACUUCUUACGAUUUUCUUUGCUAUCCCAGUCACUGCUGUUCAAGGAAUUGCCAGAUUUGAGAAACUAAAGAAAUGGUUUCCUCCAGCUAUGGCUGUACAGUUGAUACCAGGCUUAAGCUCUAUCUUCACAGGGUAUCUUUCUAGUGUCAUUCUCAAAGGUUUUAUAUACAUUGUCCCCUUUGCAAUGCUUGGGAUGGCUAAAGCAUCAGGUUGUAUUUCAAAGAGCAAAGAAGAGAUUAAAGCUUGCAACAUGGUUUUCUAUUUUCUUGUGGGAAAUGUUUUCUUUUUGAGCAUGUUGUCAGGGUCCUUACUAGAUGAAAUCGGAGAAUCUUUUACUCACCCCAAGGAUUUUCCUAGUCAUCUGGCUAGUGCUGUCUCUGCUCAAGCAAAUUUCUUCAUGGCAUACAUCUUAACAGAUGGGCUUUCAAGGUUUUCUUUGGAGAUUCUUCAGCCUGGCUUACUCUUUUGGGAUGUUAUAAAAUCGAAAACAUUUGGCCGUAGGAAGAAGAAAAAUCCUUGUCUUUAUUUGCUACCCUACUUUAGGAUUAUUCCUAUGGUCUCGUUGUCAGUACUGAUUGGUACAGUAUAUGCAGUUGUGGCACCAUUGCUGCUCCCAUUUCUUAUUGGCUACUUCUCUCUAGGAUAUGUUGUUUACGUCAACCAGAUUGAAGAUGUAUAUGAAACUGUGUAUGAGACAUGUGGACAAUACUGGCCAUACAUUCAUCUCUAUAUUGUCAUUGCGAUCAUUCUUAUGCAAAUUACUAUGAUUGGUCUUUUUGGACUGAAUUCAAAGCCAGCUCCUUCCAUAUCAACAAUUCCACUUCUCUUGUUCACCCUGAUUAAUGAGUACUGCAAGAAACGAUUUCUUCCCACAUUCCACCACUACCCUGUCCAGAAUGCCGUAGAAAACGAUGAGCUUGAUGUGAAGAGCGGGCAGAUGGAAGUUAACUACGAGGAUGCGAUUAAUGCAUAUUGUUCCCCAUGUUUGCAGCCUGUAAACUUCCAGCUGGAAUCAGAAUCGAGCUCGACACAACCAUUAGUUUCUUCAUUGCCAUCUGAGUCGUUCUAGCUUGUUUAUUUCCGUCUCCAUUCUCCUGAAGUACUACUCGAACAAUUAACUACGCACUCUUUUGACAUAAGAUGUUGAAUCAUUUCGUCAUCAACAAUUUUGUCCAGGAUCCUUAAUUCUCUGUUAUCGAGACCAAUUGAAUAUUAAAUAGUUUAUAUGAUCACAAUAA